CUCCAUAUUAUCGAAGGCAGAGACCCAUAACUUCUUUAACGUUACCGAAAACUUCUUUAACAUUCCAGCAGGUUAUAAUGUAACUCUUUCCUUCUUAGCAAAAGAAGAGCUUCCAAUUUACAAGGAACAUUUACUUUCCAGUUAUCAAACCGCCCUGAAAAGGAAGCCGCGGAACCGCAGACAUGGGCGCCACACUACCACUGUCAUUGCUCUCUACCUCCUCCUUCUUCUUUCUCUAGAACUAUGCUUCUCCAAAAGCCCCCCAUUCGCUCCUUAAUCCUCUCUCUCUCUAAAACACCCAUUUCUCUCUCUUCAAUCUCCUCCUUUUUCUCUGAAACCUCUGCCUCUUUCUCUCAGGCCUUCAUCUCUCCCUCUCCAACCUUCACCAUUCUCUCCAAAACCUUCCUCUCUCUCUCUAAAAACCCCUGCUCUCAAACUAAAACCCCAUUCUCUCUCCCGCAUCUUCACCUGCAACGAUGCUUCUUCGUAGAUGUCAAGAUGAAAUGGGUCAAGGAUCGAGGCCUCGACCAUGCAGUAGAGAAAGAGAAGAGUCUCAAGCCUGUAAUCGCCCUGAAAAACCUCCUCAAGAUCGAACCGGGUGGUUCCAUGCCUGUAUCUUCAGUUGCAGAGCUCAAAGACAAGCUUGGCCUACCGACUCGAGCUUUCAAUUUCAUUGCUUACUAUCCAAAUGUCUUUGAGACCCACUUUUUCUCUCAUACUCCUCGCCCCUAUGUGAAGCUCACGCCUGAAGUUCUUCGAAUCGAUUCUGAGGAGAAUCAAGCUUCUGAAUCUCUUCGCCAUGAUAUUGCAGAUCGUCUCCUCAAGCUCCUCAUGUUGACAAGGCAUAAAAGGUUGCCAUUAACCCUAAUUGAUCAGCUCAAAUGGGAUUUAGGGUUACCAAACGAUUAUGUGAGAAGCAUCCUCCCUGAUUUCCCUGAUUACUUUCAAAUCAUUCCAAACCCUGAGCCUAAUCCCAGCCCUAAUUCUGCCUUCAAGCCCCUUUGGUCAGACCCAUUUGAGAAGCCUAAUCCUAAACUUAAUUCUACUAGCCCUAACCCUAAUUCAAGUCUGAAUUCUCUCUGGUUGGACCUCGUAUGCUGGAGUGAUGAGCUCGCUGUAUCAGUAAUGGAGAAGAAGGCUAUGAAAGAAGGGAAAGAAUACAAAAAAGGCAUGGCUCUUGCUUUUCCUUUGAGUUUUUCAAGGGGGUAUGAUAUCAAGAAAGAGGUGGUCAAGUGGGUUGAGAAUUUGCAGAAGCUUCCAUAUAUUUCUCCAUAUGAGGAUGCUUCUUAUUUAGAUUCGAGGAGUGAUCAGUAUGAAAAAUGGAUGCUUGGUGUUCUCCACGAACUAUUCCAUCUCUUUGUUGCUAAGAAAGCAGAGAAACAAAAUGUGCAGAGUCUUGGUGAACAUUUGGGUUUCAGGCCAAGGUUUACCAGAGCUUUUGCUCACCAUCCUGGUAUAUUUUAUGCAUCAAACAAGAUCAAGACUUGCACUGUGAUAUUAAGAGAGGCUUAUAAAAGAGAUUUGCUGGUGGAGAAGCAUCCAUUGAUGGGGUUUAGGUACCAGUACAUUCAUUUGAUGCAUAAAAAGAGAGAAGUCACUAAAGAGAGCCUUGAAACUUCAAAACUGGUUCAGGACUCGGAAGAAAAGGUGAAUUGUGAAGAUGGGUCUGGUAAGAUUACUGAAGAGGAAGAAGGGUCUGAUGAUAUUACAGAAGAGGAAGAUGGGUCUGAUGAUUUUACUGAAGAAGAAGAAGAAGAAUGCUCUGAUUCUGACUCCAUGGAAGAUGAGGAAAAGAACCGAAUUAGCUUCAAUGGUGGUUUAGCUCAUAAUGAAACAAGAACUUCGGAAAAAGGGAAAGCUAAGACAACAAAACGUGCUUCGUUUGGCAAGAGGCUUGAAGUUGGUAGACCUCCUCCAACUGAUAAAGGAGCAUCCAAUAAAAGAUCAAGAAGAACAGGGGCUCCUAAGGGAUCUGCUCAAAGGUCAAACAACGCAAGGAGGCAUGUAAGAUCAAGUGAUGGGAAGGUUACUACCUUUUAGUAGCUUUACAAAUAAUGUAGUUGUUACAAUUCAUUAUUUGUAUUCUUAUUGAUAUUUUGAUGUCGUGUUAGUUGCCCAAGAUAGACUUCCACCUUUACUUUUCAUUU